AUGUCUCUCAGACCAAUCCACCUCUGGGGUAAAUUAUCCGGUCCCAACCCCGUUAAAGUCCGCAUGAUCCUCCAAGAGCUCGCCAUCCCCUUCUCAGACGACCCUAUCGACGACAGCGGUAUCAAGCAGCCUGAAUAUCUAGCCAUCAAUCCAAAUGGUCGUCUCCCAACCAUCUACGACCCAAACUUCGAUAUUACGCUCUGGGAAUCUGGCGCUAUCGUCGAAUACCUUGUCGAGAAAUAUGACACGGAACGCAAGAUUAGUUUUGAGCCGGGCAGCAAGGAAGCAUAUCACACGAAACAGUGGCUGCACUUCCAGGCCACAGGUCAAGGCCCUUACUAUGGUCAACUUGUCUGGUUCAAUUUUUUCCAUUCGGAGAGGCUUCCUUCGGCGGUGCAGCGGUACGCAGCCGAGGUAAAACGUGUAACGGGUGUGCUGGAAGGCCAUUUGAAGAAACAAGCUGAGCUGUUCCCGGGUGGCGAUGGGCCGUGGUUAGUAGGCGGGAAGUUCUCAUAUGCGGACCUGGCGUGGGUUCCAUGGCAGGUUGAGAUGAUGCUCAUUGCAGAAAAGGCAGAUCUUAUUGUUGUUGGGUUUGAUGUGGAAGAGUUUGCAGUUGUGAAGGCGUGGAUCGAAAGAAUGAGAUGCCGGGAAGCGAUAGGGGGAACGGCGCAGCAGUUUUGGGAUCGUCUUGCUGGGAGGCUACCUUUUGAAAAGUGA